AAUAAAUUAGAAAAACUGCAUCAAAAUGUAAAAAAGAAAAUUGAAACAGUUUUAGAUGUUCAGUUGCCACCAAAAAUACCUAAAUUGCAAAAAACAGCUGAACAAAAAGCAGAUGAAAUGGACCUGCUUGUUGAGAAUAUAAAAAGUGAAGUAAAUAAACUUUCAUCAAAAAAGAAAAUACAACUAUUAACGAUUCCAGCAUCACUGAAUUGGUCGAGAACAAAAAUCAAAGAUGCCUUUGAAGUGUCUGAUUAUUCUGCUAGACAGGCACAAAAAUUGUACAAAGAAAAAGGACUUUUGGCUGAACCUGAACCAAGAAGAGGAAAGAAACUCAGUCCUGAAGUUGUGGAGUUGGUCACAAAUUUUUAUCAAAGCGACGAGCAAUCAA